UCAACUUUUCCGUUCGAUCCAGAACGGACAUAGGAAGUUCUUGCUUUCGGAUCUCUAAUUGAAAGUUACGUUUGUUUGUUGGUGCAUGGCUUCCGGGAAGCUAAUUAACGGAAGCUGCAAUUGCUAAAAGUUGUCCUUGGCUGUUUCCCCGAAUAAUGGAGUAUGUUUUCGAUGUGUUUUUCGAGGAAUCGUUGCUGACGUUGGAGCGCAGUGGGCUGAAGAGCCGCAGCGGUCGGAGGGACGUGAUUGACCACUUGAAUUCCGUCAUUUCCGGAUGUAUUGAGGGUCGGAAGACGGCCACUGCUCAGCUGGCGGUCAGUUUGGCGGUCAAGUCGGCCAUCGACUACCACCGGAAGAUGAGGGACGACAACUAUCGGGUGUGCAUGAUGGGGAAGUAUCACAAUGUGCUGUACAUUGCGUUGCGGGUCGCGUGGGACUGGAGUCUGGAGGAUUCGGUAGUGAUUCGGCUGCUGCUGGAGGAGAUCUACGGUUGUGAGAAGACGUACGAGAGACUGUUUUUGGGAGCACUGUUCGGUUCGAAUGCACCGCAUUUCAUUUCCGGGUGGAAGAGUGACUUCAAGGAUCAGGACGAGAAUCUGCGGGCGAUGGUGUUCUUCCUGUAUCAUGCCGGCCAGACGAGGUUGAGUCUUCCGAGCUAUUCGUACGCUUACCAUGACCUAGUGCCAACGAAAUUCAUCGACAUCCCAAUCGAAUCGUGUGGAAAAGCAGCCCCGUUGCGUGUUGCCAUUCAGGCAUCAGCUCCUGACAUCCUUACGAUUCUCCUGCGUCACGGUGCCAAUCCCGAUCCGGACGACGGUGGAGCAUCCCCCAUCAUCAGUCUUCUGGAUAAGCUCCGCGAAUACGAGAACCGAUCGUACCCCUACCAGCUGGUGUCCUGCCUCAAGCUUCUGCUCCGCUGUAUCGUCAUGAUCGAACUGCCGUACAAACCGGCUCUCUUCCACGUUCGCAAGGAAAUGUUCCAAAUCAAGUACGGCCUGCUGCUGCAGGACCAGCUCAUCCCGCAGGACCAACUGUUCGGAGUGCCUAGCCUGAAAUCCAUUUGCCGCUGUCACGUACGGAAUCAGCUGCGAAACAACUUUCAACUACCGCGCGGAAUCAACCGCCUUAAUGUGCCUCGGAAAAUCAUGAAAUAUAUCGAUUUGUUGGAUUGAUUGCGGACCACUUA